AUCAACAACAAGUCAAACGAGGCUUAUGUUUUUAAGUACUAUGAUUUAGUAGCACAUCAUUCGACACUUGCUUUUUAUCACUUUUUAUGCUCUUUAUUAUCGAGAAAAAUACUUAGUAGCAAGUUGAAAAAUCUUUUAUUUUCAACUAGUACAACUUAACAACGAUCAGAAGACCCGUUGACGUUUUACGUUUAGACAGCGUUUGUCAAAGACAUAUCAAUUGACUUUUUUAUUUUAAGAUAGCGUAAGAGGCGGGAAAGUGGAAAAUCUUUAUCCUUAAAUGUUUUGAAUUGUGCAAUUUAACGAUGGAUAAUAGCACGUGAGAGAAGGCAAAUUGUGCGGGAAAAGGUGAUGAGAAUAAUUGAUAAAUAUAUGUCAUCCUGUGAAUACAUCAAACAUUGUCAAUAUGAGCAUCGACAAACUCAUCAAGAGGAAACAACAUGCUAAACGGGAUAACAAUCUUCGACAGUUGGCUGAAAUCACGAAAACUCUUGGGGACAUUUAUUUUGAGAACGAACAGCCGAAGAAGGCCCUACAAGAAUAUACAGAGCAAUUAGGUAUCUGUAAAGAUCUUGGGGACAAGUUAAGCUGUGCAGUAGCAAACAGAAUGAUAGGGGAGGUUCACGUGAGUCUAGGAGACUAUGAGCAAGCUCUGGUACAUCAGAAUUUGCAUCUGGAAGGUGCCAGAGACAUGAAGAAUCUAAUAGAGGAGCAACGUGCACAUGCUACCUUGGGAAGAACUUAUUUCUGCUUGGCUGAAAGCCUACUAAAUCAAUCACAGAGACGAGACGAGGCUCUGGGGAACGCAAAGACUGCUUAUGUAAAAAGCAUGGAGUUGUGCGAUCAGUUAACGAGCACAGACAUUAAAUUAGAAGAGAGAACACUGAUGAGGGCGAGGUUGCUACUAAACUUAGGACUAACAUUAGAAGCACAGAGGGAGACGCAACAGGCGAUCGAUUUGAUCGAGCAGGCCACUGCGCUGUGCGUGUCCAACAAUUUCCAAGAAGACCUGCAUCGAACAUGCAUCUCCCUGGCAGCCAUAUACGAGCGGCAAGGCGACUUCGAACUGGCGUUGAACUACAUCGAGACCGCAACUAUGGUAAACGACACGUGCCUGAAGGCCAAGGCAAAGCUAUCCAAAGCCGAGUUAUUCAUGCAGUCCGGUCAGUGGAUCAAAACGCGCAAAGUACUAAUUGCCUUGUAUACGAGCAGUGGACUGCCGAAGGAUAUCAAUUGUCAGGUGGAGAAGUACUUGAGGAUCAUCGUGACCCUGUGCCGAGCCGAGAAUAGCCUUCUCGUCGAGAAUGACGCGCGAGCCAAGCAGAAGCUGUACGAGACGAUGGGCGACGCAGCGGUGGCCGCGCAAUGCUUCGACAAAGGCGUAGAGUAUUACCGGCACAUGCUGACCUGCGCGGAGGAGACGGGCGAACAGGUGACCGUCGCUCUGACGAGUCUGGCGCAAACUCUCAAGGACGCCGGCCGAUGCGAGGAGGCGGUGCCUCUCGCGCGACGGGAGCUCGAACUUUACGCCAACAACCCGCGAGAGAGAUGUCAGUCGGCACUUUUCUUGGCGGACUUACUGACGACAACCAACGCCACCGACACGGAGAUCCGGGAACAUUAUACCGCGGCGUUGCGCUCGGCGAACGAGAGCGAGGACGCGAAGCUGCGUCGAUCUACCGCCAAGGAGUUUGUCGCUUACCUGGAGAGCGUAGGCCGGCUCGACGAGGCGGAGGACACGCUACGGGCAAUGGAACUGGCGACGUCGGAAGCGUCGAGUGAUGCAGAGAGCGAAGGCAACGAGGAGAGCGAUCAAAUCGGUGCGGACAUCUGUCUGGAAGACCUGUCCGACUUGGAGGCUGAGGAGAACGUUACAACGAACGCAAUUCGCCAGAGAAAGAGGGAAAAGAGAGCGCCCGCGAUCAAGAGGAACGAGAAGGGCGAGACGCAGCUACAUGUGGCGUGCAUCGACGGCGACAUUGGUGCCGUCGAGAGACUUUUGUCGUCCGGUCACCCCGCGAAUGUUAGAGACCACUGCGGCUGGUCGCCACUUCACGAAGCUGCGAAUCACGGUCACGUGGAGGUCGCGGAAGCGCUGCUGAAACACGGCGCCAACGUCGACGACCCGGGCGGCGCGUCCUGCAAAGGUAUCACGCCGCUUCACGACGCCGCGUCCUGCGGACACUUCUCCGUCAUGCAGUUGUUGAUGCAGCACGGCGCGAACCUCACGCUCAAGACCCACGACGGCGACACCGUGUUGGACUGCUUGGGGGACUGGAGGAGUCGCGUGACUUAUCUGAGUCCCGAGGACCUGGUUGAGUAUGAGACAAUGCGCAACAAGCUCUCUGCUGUGAUCACCAACUCUAAAAGGAAGAAAAGGAAACCUGAGAAUGUCCAGACAUUGGACCGGCAGUCCACGAAGCCCGAGGUCCAGAAAAUAUCCGCUGGUGAGGAUUACAAAAGAACGAUAGCCAGUCUGAGGACUUUCAACAAGACCAACAAGGUCAACGUGUCCGGUAAAAGCAGCGACGAUGUGGUCAGCACACCUCUUGUCAACGAAGAACAGGUUCUCGUCGACGAUUGGCUCGAGGACGAUAUAACAGUCGAGAGCAUAGCGAGGAGAAGAUCUACUUCGAGCAGGCACGUCGCUACAAGCAAGAGAAAAUUCUCUAAUGAUAAUAUAGAAGGUACUUCGAAAAGACGGAAAAGAUUGAACAGCAUCGUCGAGAGCGAGGAGGAUCUCGGCGAUAUGAGCGAGGACAGUAGCGACAGCACCGUCGCUGAAGUAAUCAAAGUGCUCGAGGAACCCAAAAGGGCUGAGAGAAAACGACAGGUGUCCUUGUUGUCGAACGGCUUCACCGUAUCUCGCUCACCGUCCCCGAUACACGACUUGCAAUCGCCCUUGCACACUUCAAUGAGUUCGAGACGGUACAGCAAAGAACAAAUAAAUCUGUGUGUGCUUGUGAGAGACAAGAUGUUCGAUCUAAAGGUAGAUGUUUGCGAAAACGAGGGCGAUUUCUUGAUAUGCAUCGUGAACGCGAUCGAGCGUGUGUUCUUCACCGAGACCGGCUGCACGGCGAAGUUGAUGUUGCAGCCGUUAAAUGGCAGCGUCGCGACGAAGGAGAGUAUCUUGAACGUCGCGAGGAAGAACGAUGCGGCUAACAGGUUGGAGUGUGAGGUAGUCGAGUUGCAGGUUCCACCCAUCGUCGAGCGAUACAAGACUAUAUGUUGCACUCACAAUGUGACUCCCCGCGAGAUUAUGCUGAAGUGUUUGAGAUCCUGCGAAAAUACAUCUUUGUUUCGUGUGAAACCUGACGAUAUGGAUGAGGAGCUAUUGCUCGCGCCAUUGUUGAAAACUUUGGAAUACCAAAAGAACAUUAAAUUGUUGCAGUUGUCGGGCAUUGUUCUGUCGACAGCGGGAAUACAUCUGCGACAGUGUCUCGCGAAUCUCUCUUCUUUGCAGGAACUCUACUUAAGUGGCUGUAACAUCGAUUUUGCUUGUUUGCGCGAGAUAAUCACGUUGCCGUCUCAAUUACGGGUCUUGGACUUGAGUUACAAUCCGCUGAGCGCGGGGAGUUGUGAAACGCUGCAAAAACUGAUUUCACCUCUCAGGUACUUGCAAACUCUCAAUUUACGCUACUGCGAACUGGAGGAGUUUUGUCUUCCGCUUGACAAUCCUAAUCUGACGAGUUGCGAUAUUUCCUGGAAUAAAUUGAGUCGCGAUUCGGUGACUUCUUUCCUGAGCAAACAACUGUUUGAGUUGAACUUAUCUAAUACUUUGUCUUCUUCUAGCCGAUUUACUUCUAGUCUAGACACAUUGAACACUGUUCUGUCGCCGAGUUUAGAGUCACUGGAACUUUCAUUCUGUGACAUAACAGACACCGAUAUAAAGAAUAUUUUAGCACGGCUACCUAGAUUGUUGAAACUGGUAUUAAGCGGGAACAAAAACAUAACUGUGUCAUCUGUAAAUAUGUUAUUGAGUCGUAUUCCCACAUUAACUUACAUCGACGUUAGUGGUUGUAACAGUAUUGUAAGUAGUCCAGAGGUAGGAUUAGUUAUAGAAAAUCCUGAAAUUUGUACAUUACUUGCUAGUGUAGAACCCAACUUGUGUGAUUCUUGGAUUAAACUGUGGCGUGGCACAGGUAUUGUAACAAGACUACCUCAUAACUUAACGAUUUUCAAACCAGUAUGACUUUCUUAAAAACUUGUAAAAAAUUCUCAAAGUUUAACUUACUUUUGAUACACAGAAAAUAUUUUGAAUCAUAUAAAUAAUAUAUAUAAUUUGUACUAUCCCCCUCAAGUGCAAAAAAUAAAUUUCACAUUACAAGA